GCUCUGCAAAUUCAUGAGUGCGCUUUUCUUUCUCGGAGACUGUCCCGUUCUGUUGGGAGGGACAACACAGUCCACGUAAAGCGCUAUGGGGACCAGUUUAUUGAAAGGAAAUUAAACCAGAUGUGUAUUUCCAUCUGUCUGCCUCGGUGUAAUACUGGAGCUGGACGUGCCGACCUGAAGAACAUCGCCGUGUUGUCGGAGCUGUUGUCGCUAACACUGCCGAGCAGCAGCAGCAGCAGCAGCAGCCAACAUGGCUGAGGAUGACAGCGAGUGGGUUCUUGAGAGCAUCGUUGGCUACCUUGGCAGUCCGGAAUGGGUCAUUCCUGUCACGGACUUUAUGGAAAACAAAUGUACAGUUUUUGAUGAUGAAGAUGAAAAUAAGUUGUCCUACACCGAAAUCCACGUGCAGUAUAAGAAACUGGUGGAGAAGCUGUUGGAUAAUUACAUGCAAGAGGUAGGCAUCAACGAGCAUCAGUUUCUGGAUGCAUGCACCUCUCCUUUUGCCAAGUCCAAAACACUGCAGUCUGUGUUUCAGCCAGUUCUUGCUACAGACGACUUCCAAAUGUUUCGCUCUCUGAUGGUCCAGAAGAACAUGGAGCUCCAGCUUCAAGCCCUCAGGGUCAUUAAAGAAAGGAAUGGCGCCCUCCCAGAGUGUUUGACUGAUGGUGUUGACGUGAUGACAGAGCUUCAGGAGCAAGAGAUGAAAAUCCUGCAGGAGGUUCUCAAGAAAUCCAAAGAGGAGUACGAUGAGGAAAUGUCCAGGAGGCUGCAAUUAGAAGAAGAGGUUGGUUCCACCUCCAGCAGCUGCUCUGAUAAGCCAGUGGUAGAAAGCAAGGAAGCCCUUAAUGCAACAUCUGCUCCCAGCCAACAGAGCAACACUGCCAAGGCCAAAACCAAGGAGAAUGUUGACAGAAGCAGCAGUAAUGGUCACCACGUCCCAAUAGUGAACGGACACACUGAAUCAAAUCUGGUGAACGGCAAACCUUUGAAAAAAGAUGAAGGCAGGACAGCUAAUCCUGAUGGUGCAUCUAAGAGCAGCUGUACAUCCAAACCUAAACCAGAUUGUGGCAGUAAUGGUGUCGAGUCCAGAGUCCUCCCAGCAGUGAGAGCUUCAGUGAAGUCCUCCGAACCCCAAGUCAGCCUUGGUCCUGAAUCCAAGCAGCAGAGCAGCAGCAGCAGCCAGACUGCAGCUGAGGUGUGGCUGGAGGAGGCACACAGGGAGGCUGGCUUCUCUAAGCCAUAUACUGAGUUAACGGCAUCUCAGCAGGAGCAGCUCCAGCAGAGGGCGACAUAUCUCCGUCAGCAGCGAGACAAGCUGCAUGCACUGAAGAAAGAGCAGCAGAAAAGCAAGCAGGCGACCACACCAGAGGAGUCACCCGCCACCACAAUGACCACCACGACCACACCGGAGGCAGUGGGGCAGUCACAGAGGAAUGGGGCCUGUACCCCUCCUGCUCCUCUUCCUCCUCCUCCAGCACAACACUCUACAGCUAACUCCUCCAAACAGGAGAUAACUGCCGAGGAGAGGAAGAAGCUGCAGAAGAGAAAACAUCUGGCUGACAAGCUGAAAGAGGAAGUGAUCAAGAAAUAACUUCCCUCUCCAACUGCAAUAUUCACAUUUCUUUUCAGUCUACUUUCAAUCAAACAUAAGGCUUCCUUUACGCAGCCUCCAGUUAAUUCACUUUACAGACAGAGUUUUUCCAAAGAAAUACAAAUAGUAAGAGGUCUUCCUCCAUCAGCGUUCACUUUCGUUGCUGACAACAGAGGAACAAGGUGCACCUUCUUUUAUAAUUGUAAUUUUUAUAAUGUACCAGUUGAGUAUGCGUCAGGCAGCGCUCAAGAGAUCAUUUAUAUUGUCAGACCUUUAAGACAGUCGCAUAUGUUUGACUGAGCAAGUUAAGAAAAUACAAGGCAAACUGAAAAGCACAAGGACAAGUCAGGCGACAAGCUGACAAUGUUGAAUGCCCCCCCAAAAAUGGAGUACAAGUGUGUUCACAGCAUGUUAAGUUAUUGCUAAACAUCUAACAAUUCAGUGCUUCACUAUUCAUAGAUAAGUAUAUGUUAAUUAUGCAACACAACACUGGUCAGUAAUCGUGUAAAAGCACGACUGAUAACCCAUUUGUCUGCACACUAUAGUGAAAAAUACUAUUUAUAGCAGUGACUGAGGGAGGAUUUUGGAAAUAUCUGAGCUACAGUCAAAAGUUUAUACAGAUUUACUAUUAGGCACAGCUGGCCUGGCUUUGUAUCUGAGAUAUGGGUUAAUGCCCUGAGAGUAAUAUGUCACAGUGACGUAAUGUUAGCUAACACAAGUCUUGUUUACGUUAGCUUUGCCUGCAGGCUGAGUCAGCUGGUACACCAUAAAACUGAUAACAAGAUAGCAGAGACAACUGUGAAGGCUGGAGAGAUGAUCACUGUCAUGUAUUGAUAAAGGGGCCAAGAGAACAGUGUGUCGCUUUCUACAAGGAACGCAGUAUUUCAUGUACAAUGUUUAAUAAAAUCACAUUUUAUAGAAACGA